AGCAAAUAUUGUCAGGAUAAAAUAUGGCCUGUUCCCAUUCUUUGCAGAGCUGCCAUGGGAAUUCUGCUUCGUGGGCCAAGAGUAGCUACACCGUGUUGCACAGGCAUCCCAGGCAGUGAACCAACCCAGGAGAACAGAUUGCCAAGCUUCACAGCAGCCCCUGAAAAGAAGCAACUAAGUGGCAUAAACACGCCUUUUCCACCCAUCGUUGGUGCAUCUUGUUAUAGUGAGAAGUCAGCAGUGGAGGAGGAAAAUGACUGAUGCAAAAGCCCAGGCUGAGCUGGUGAGAAAGUGGAUGGUGCUGGCGGAAACAACGGCAGGGGGAAUCCGAGAGGAGGAAGGCUGGGCGCUUGCUGCGAAGGGUCCUGAAAAUUGUUUGUUCCCAACAGCCAAGCCAGCGGGGUGGAGGGAGCUCCACCAGGCAGCCAGGAAUGGGGACCUGCGGCUGGUAAAGCAGUUGUUGAAGCGAGGGGCAGCCACGGACAGCAGAGACGAAAAUGGGUGGACCCCCCUGCACGUCGCUUCCUUGCACAGUUACAUCCCGUUGGUGAAGUUUCUCAUCCAGCGUGGAGCAACGACCCACACAGACAACAGGGCCAGCUACACCCCUCUGCACCAUGCUGCGUGGAGUGGCCAUACACAAGUAGCGGAUCUCCUCUUGGCUCGGGGGGCACCAGCAAGUGAGUCCACCAAAGGGGGCCUUACCCCGUUUCAUUGUGCGGCCGCCAACGGCCACACCUUGAUGAUGCAGCUGCUCCUACGGAAUGGGACGGAUCCCACCGCUACCGACUGUAAUCAGUGGACCGCCUUGCACUGGGCUACAGCUGGCAACCAGCUUCAUAUAGUAAAUGGGCUGAUUUCCCAAGGGGUCAAUCCUGAUCUCCAGAGUAAGGGGGGCUUUGCACCUUUACACAUAGCUGCCGAGAUUGGAAAACCCAAAACGAUGCGUCUCUUGCUUGCAAAAGGGGCCAACGUGAAUCUUCAAGACGACUGGGGAAGGACUGCGCUCUCUGUCGCUUCGAAAAACAGCCAUCAUGAGAUUGUGAAGCUGUUGCUCGAGAACCAAGCGGAUCGAAACUUAGCCGACUCCCAUGGUUGCAUCCCGCUCCACAAGGCGGCAGGUGCUGGGUGCCUGCUGGCUGUCCACCUUUUGGUCAAAGGAAGCACCACUGCGGGCAUUGAUCAAAGAGAUGCCCUCCGGCUCACGCCGCUCCACCGAGCAGUCAUUUGUGGCCAUGCCGAUGUUGCCAGUUAUCUCUUGGAGCAUGGGGCACAGAUUAACGCGGCUGGGCGGCUGGGCAAAACCUCUUUGCACUUGGCUGCAGAAAAAAAAAUAUUUCCCCUAAUGGAACUUUUGUUAGCAAAGGGCGCAGAUCUUAACCAGAAGACUCGGUGGAAGGAGACCGCGGAACAGCUGGCCUUGGGGAGUUCGGGGCCUGGAGUUUGCUCUAGUUAUGCUCUCCCUGGGUGUCCCCAAGUGUAGCGUCUGUCUUUUUGGCUUCAUCAUCCCCGUCUAACAUUAAAAGCUUAUCCUUUUCAACUGCCCGGAGAGGUCAUACUGUGUCAAAGGGGGCUAGUAAUUUCCCACUGCAAAGGAGCUUCUGCUUUUCCUCCUCCUUCCC